AGUGCGCGUGCCCGGGGGGGGGGGGCGCCAUGCUGCGCGAGGCCUUCCCGCUCAUCCGGGCCUCCAGCCCCGCGCUGCUCGAGCGCCUGUGCCGGGGCCGCGGGCUCGAGCUGUGGCCGCAGUUUAUCAGCGGGCCCGAGGAGGAGGCCCUGCUCCGGGAUGUCGAGCCCGGCCUUUACCGUAAACACUACCAGCGGGACCACUGGGACCAGGCAAUCCAUGGAUACCGUGAGAUGGAGAAAUCACGGUGGAGUGUACAGAGUGAAUCUAUCCUGCAGCGACUGCGAGAUGUAGCGUUUCCCCCAGGGGUCCCCCAGCUGUCAAUGGUACAUGUGCUGGAUCUUGAGAAAACUGGAUUCAUCAAAGCUCAUGUGGACAGUGUGAAGUUCUGUGGAGAUACUAUUGCUGGUUUAUGCCUGUUGUCGGGGUGCGUGAUGCGCUUGUUGAGUGAAGACAAUGAUGUGGAUCAAGUGGAUUUAUUGCUACAGCAACAUACUGCCUACAUUCUGAGGGGAGAGGCCCGUUAUCGAUUCAGCCACCAGGUGCUGCCAGAUGAAGAGUCAUUUUUUGGGGGAGAGAAGGUGCCUCGUGAACGGAGAAUUUCAAUCAUUUGUAGGAACCUGCCCCACGAACCGGGAUCAGAGCUAGACUAAUUCCCCCAGGGCUUUGUCCAGAAUGAAUGUAUCUGGUAAUCUGCACUGAUUUAAUCUCACAUAAAUGAAGCAAACAUCUA